UCAACGAAACACUGAGAAAUUGUCGAAAAAUGACUCAGUCACGUAAUAGAAUUUAGUCCAAUAAUUAUUUCAUCCAACUACUAAUUCGAACAAAAUCAUAUUGUUGUUGAAACUGAUCAAAUUUAAGGCUAAACUAUGCAAAUUGUGAUUUCUUUGAGCUGGGAUAUAAUGUAACUAAAUCUGUGAAAAUGGUGAAAGAGUAUCUAAUAUUCCUAAUAUGUGCUGUGUGGUUAGUUGAUAGCAGUUCAGGUGAUGAUAAACUUAUGUGCCCGAAAUAUUGCAAUUGUGAUUUAUAUGAAAAUUAUAACCGCGCAGAUUGCAGUAAUCGAAAGCUGAUCAGUUCAAUUAUCGACAUACCGAUCACAGCGGAAAUAUUGGAUUUGAGCUAUAAUGACAUCAAUUUUUUGGAAGACAAGAGUUUUAAGGAUCUAAAAUACCUCAUGAACUUAACGAUCUCAAACAAUGGAAUACACACAAUAUACCUUGAUGCUUUCUACGAUCUACUUGAAUUGCAGUUUAUCGAUUUGUCAUACAAUCGGUUGGAAUAUUUCGACCCACGAAUUUUCGAAAACAAUCGAAAGCUAUUGGGUGUAAAUUUGGAUGGAAAUAAAUUCAUGUCGCUGCCUAAUGAACCAUUCAUCAUAAACCCCUCAUUGCAAUUUCUUAGUCUUCAUAAGGCGCAAAUAAUGCAAACAACUGACUCACAGUUCACAAAGAUGCCACUUCUUAGCAAAUUGGAUUUGUCGGACAACUUGAUGAUUACUUUAAAAGUUGCUACCUUCAUCCGGUUAGGUCAACUGAAAUAUUUAAAUGUUCUAAACAACCGUUGGACUACAUGUCACAAUGAUUUGAAGUCAACAGUUGAGUAUUUGCGAGCAAAACAGGUUGAAGUGAGGAUAAAUGUUUGCAGCAAGAAAUUCGGCGAGAAGAAGUUUGAGAAAAUGAUGAUGGCUCCAGUUGAAGAAGAUAUCGAAACAAAUGCAAAAUCCGAUACUGAGAAGGAUAUCAGUUUGGUAUGGAAGAAUUCUACGAUCUUGAACCUGACAAACAACUUCAAAUGUGACGUCGAAAAUCUGGAUACAAUAUGCACUUUAUAUGAAUCAUGCAAUAUAAAGUAUAAUAAAUUACUAAGUGACCAAGCAAUCAUUCAUUAUCGUUCAAAUUGGAUUGAUCACAAUGACAGGGUUUAUGUAGCCUUAUAUUCCGGGCUUUUUUUGGGUUUCUUCGUAACAAGUUCCGUAGUUUAUGUUAUAUAUUUGAUAUGUGGCUCGAGGUACUGGAAAAAGCGCCGAUUACAACGCAAGUUAGCACAACGAAGAAGACAGACUCCACCUUGCCAGAGUUCUCGAGAUCACCAAAUUAUAGUGACAAGGCCAGUUCGCCUUGUCCGGUGUCCACCAAGGCCACCACAACCUCAGCCAACACGACACGCAAUAAAUAGAGCACAUCAACGUGAAUUUCUAUUAGCUAGACUUUUUGAGCGUCCUGAAAGGCAUCGAUACAUUCACCGUCAUAGUAGCUUGAAUAAUAGAGCACGAACGGCAACUAAUUCGGAGAAUUUGGAUACAGAGCGGCUAAUUCGACCGAGUCCUACCGAGGAUGAUACUGUGUCGCCUAUUGCUUUAGCUGCCCAGGAACCCUCAAUCGCGGCUAUACCGAUUCUCCAAAACGAACCUAUGAUUGAAAAUCUAGCAGAUAUAACAGUAACCACAGCAAAUGGAGCAGAACAUGAAGAAUUGGAUACCCAUACUACGACAAUAGCAAGGGCGGAGACACCACCUCCUCCUUAUAGUGAAAUCGUCAAAGAUUAAUUACAGAUUAUUUUCAAGACUUCUAGUUCAUACGACCUCAUUUGUAAACAUAUUUCUUAACGAAAAUUCAAUAUACAUGACAAGUACCUUCUAUUUUCAAAAAAACUUGCUACUGACAUGAAAAAACCCCGAAGAGUGGAUAUCUGGAUUUUUGCCUAAAAUAAAUCUUUCUUAGUAUCCGCAGAAGCAAUAGGCCUAGACCUUCCUGAACUUGAAGCAUAGUCAUAACGAUUGAUUUAUUUUAACAUGUGAUAUUAGUAGUAUUAUUGGCAUUCCCAAGCAAUUUCAAAGACUUUAUUUCGGGAAUAUAUCUAUGGGCCAACUACCAUGCAAAAAUUCUACGUUGAACUUAAAUGAAUGUAAAUGAUAAAUAGUGCAACCACUACCCAAUCAAAAUCAAAUUUAUAGAAAGUUUGACUCUCCAUUUGACUCCUAGACAACGCUAUCAGUAAUAACUACUAAAGGACUCAAUAUAUAUUCAUGAUUAGCUUACCUUCUAAUUCACUAUUUCCCAUUGCUUAAGCAAAUGAUAAGGUUUAUCAAUUUUAUUUACUUAUUCUUUUUGUAUGAUUGAUUUAUUCAAUGCUAUGUACUAAAAACUAAUUAUUUACAAAAAUCAAAUAAAGACAAGAAAAAAUUUG